CAAGAUAGUAGUGUAGCUCGAGAGAGUCUCUCGGGAGGCUGGAUUAGCCACAAGUUGUGGUGAACCAGGGUAAAAUCGGUGUGCCUCUUACUCUUCUCUUUACUUCUCGUUUAUUCAUUUUUUAUUCCUGCGAUAUUUUGAUCAAACGCUAUUCACCCCCCUCUAGCGUUGGUCUAUUAUUCUAACAAUUGGUAUCAGAGCCUAACUCGCGUCCAAACUUAACCGUUUGAGAGUAAAGCGAUCAUGGGCUCUUCUUCUAGAAAUCUCUAUGCAGGAAUUGGAGAAGGUCAAUCUACCUCUAGGCCACCACUCUUUGAUGGCACCAACUACUCUUAUUGGAAGGAACGGAUGAGAAUCUAUAUUCGUUCCACCAACUUCCAAUUGUGGUUGGUGAUCAAAAAUGGCGAAGAAGUCCCUAUGAAGAAAGUGGGAGAAACCACGGUCCCAAAGACCGAAGACGAAUUUGAUGCCGAGGACAUCAAGAAGAUUGAAAACUAUGCAAAGGCCAUCAACAUGCUAUAUUGCGCAGUCAACCCCGAUGACUACCGAAAGAUCUCCUGUUGCACAACCGCCAAGGAGAUGUGGGAUAAGCUUGAAGUGACGUACGAAGGUACCGAUCAAGUGCGUGAAGCCAAGAACGAUUUUCUCACCCAAGAGUACGAAAUGUUCCGAAUGAAAGAAGGCGAGAAAAUCGAUGACAUGUUCGACCGGUUCUCAAAGAUCAUCAACGAUCUUCAUGCUCUCAAAAAGACCUACACCAACAAGGAUCUUGUGAGGAAAAUUCUGCGGAGUCUCACACCCGAAUGGAGGUCAAAAGCCGAUGCAAUCUACGAAUCCAUCGGAGUCUCCAACGUCACCAUCGACGGGCUAAGAGGUAACCUUAAAACCAAUGAAUCUACUAUUCUAACCCCGUCUUUGGAUGAACAAAAGAAGAAGGGAAUAGCGCUGAAAGCAACCAAGGAGACUGUGGAAGGUGACUCAAGCAAUGAUGACAACGAGUUCGGAUUUGUCAUCAAGAAAUUCCACAAAUUCAUGAAGAAGGAAUUUGAGCGCAAAGGAAGAAAGCACGACGGUCCCCCAAAGUGCUAUGGCUGUGGUGAGAUAGGCCACAUCAAGCCAAGGUGUCCAAAAAGCAAAGGCGGCAAGGACAAACCUGGGUUCAAAAAGCAACGCGCCUACAUCUCUUGGGGAGGCGACUCCGGGGAUGAGUCAACGAAUCAGGAAGAGGAGGAAGCCGCCAACCUCUGCCUCAUGGCGCACGAAGAUCAGACCGAAGACGUUCAAGAGGUAUGUACCAUUUCUUCCGACUCUUAUACUUUUGAAGAAAUGCAAGAAGCACUUCAUGAGCUUUAUGAUGAAUUUGUUAGCGCUUCUAAAAUCAACAAAUCUUUAAAGAAACGUCUUUCAACUCUCGAAAAUGAUUUUGACAAAUUGGAAAAAGAUAAUGAAAAGUUGAAACAAGAAAAUAAAUUUUAUGGCCUCAUGGCGAAGCAGUUGAGAAGCCAGUCGGGGAUAGUUGCCAACGGGUACAUUAAGAUCCUCCAACAUUCGAGCAGUCUGUUUGAUCCAGUCCCAUGCAAUUUGGGGUUCACCGAUGCGAUCCCCAAGGAAUCUGCAUCAUUAUCCCUAAGAGUUUUGUAGGUUAUCACUCGAGGUGGUGGUGGUGGAGGCGGUUGAAACAUUGGCGCGUUGGCUAUUUGUUGUAGCACAUUAGCAAGAAAAGCCGAAAUUACAAUGUCGGGUUGACCACCAGCAUUCGGGUUAUUCCCAACAUUUUGUUGAUUGACGGGUUCAUUUUGGAUGGGAGGGGUGAAGCUAGAUGCUUCAGUAUGAACACUGACGUGUUCAUUGUUUUUGCCUUGUCCGUGGGUAGAUUCUUGACUCAUUUUACAAUAACAGAAAUUCCUUUAU